GUACGAGUACCACCGUCCGCCAACGACUUCCGUCGGCUCCAGUCCAGAGGACCGGCUACGCGCCAUCCGCCACACGAUCUCUCCUUCUCGUUCGUGUUCGUUCGUUAAAACCCUUCCUUUUGUCCGCGCGACCUACGCCAGCUCUUUUCCUUUCGCAUAUCCUACUAUUCUCUUCUCUCCUCCCCUGUCCCAGUCCCCCACCGGCCCCGCCCUCCCCGCCACGCCACCUCUCACCUCCCGCGUCUCACCGGCAGCCGCCGCCACCAUGCCGCCGCUCCCGACGAUGACCCACUCCUCCUCCUUCCUCCUCCCGUCCCCUUCCCCGCCUGCUCCUCCGACCGGCGCCGACGCCGAGAACGCGGUCUCCUACGCCGUCGUCGUCCUCAACCAGCGCCUCCCGCGCUUCGCGCCCCUGCUCUGGACCCGAGCGCGGCUGCGGGUGUGCGCGGACGGCGGCGCAAACAGGGUCUUCGACGGCAUGCCGGACCUGCUCCCCGGCGAGGACCCCGACGAGGUCCGCGUCAGGUACAAGCCCGAUGCAAUCGAAGGAGAUAUGGAUUCUGUAAGGCCAGAAGUGAAGGAAUACUAUUCCAGUUUGGGUACCCAAAUAAUCGAUGAUUCACAUGAUCAGGACACCACAGACUUGAACAAAUGCAUAUCGUUCAUCACCAGAAAUCCACCCGGGCCAGACAAUUCUAAUCUCUUCAUUCUCGUUCUCGGUGCGCUUGGAGGAAGGUUCGAUCACGAGAUGGGGAACAUCAACGUGCUGCAUCGCUUCUCAAACACCAGGAUCAUCCUCCUGUCAGACGACUCCUUGAUCUUUCUGCUCCCAAAGACGCACAGUCACGAGAUCCACAUCGAGCGGUCUGUCGAGGGUCCUCAUUGUGGACUGAUCCCCAUGGGCGCGCCCUCAAGUAGCAGCAGCACCACCGGUCUCCGGUGGAACCUAGAUAACACCAGCAUGAAUUUCGGCGGGCUGCUGAGCACAUCAAACAUUGUGGAGGAGGAGAUUGUAACAGUCACUUCGGAUUCUGAUUUGAUUUGGACAAUAUCGCUUCGGAAACAUACUUAAAUUGUGUAUUGUACAGUAGAUUAUGGUCCAAAUUUUGGCUCGUCGAUUCUACGUGGAUGGAUUCUACAAAUUUUACUGUGAUGUGUUGAUAUAGUUCAUUUCAUUGGACAUUUGGCGUCAGGUGUCCUUGUAUUUCAGCAUCUUAUUUUCUUACUUGUGCA